UUCAAUCACAUACGUGUAUCAUACAGUCCCUACCUAUAUUCGAUAAGAUCGCGACUUCGCUUUCAAUGGACUGCUAGAGCGACUGCUUUGCCGAUAUGUCCAAAGUCAAUCAAUCCCGUAUUAGAGAGGCCCUGACAGCAGGGACAAAUGUCAAGGAGAAAGGGCCGCCGGUGGCCGACGGUAUCCUGUCGGUCACCCCCGACACGCCAGAAAUGCUAGAAUGGCGCAGCCGCUCGGCUCUGGACGUCGCGGAGACAUCUUCCACGUUUCUGGACGACGAGGACGACGGCCCCAAGCCGCACGAGCUGUAUGGCAAGUUCACAUGGAAGAUUGAGAACUUCUCGGAAAUCAGCAAGCGGGAGCUGCGCAGCAACGUGUUCGACGUGGGGAGCUACAAGUGGUACAUCCUCGUGUAUCCUCAAGGAUGCGACGUGUGCAACCACUUGUCACUGUUCUUAUGCGUGGCGGACUACGACAAGCUGCUGCCGGGCUGGAGCCACUUUGCACAGUUCACGAUAGCAGUAGUCAACAAGGACCCCAAGAAGUCCAAGUACUCAGACACGCUGCACCGGUUCUGCAAGAAGGAGCACGACUGGGGGUGGAAGAAGUUCAUGGAGCUAUCAAAGGUGCUGGACGGGUUCACCGUGGCGGACACGCUGGUCAUCAAGGCGCAGGUGCAGGUCAUCCUGGACAAGCCCAGCAAGCCGUUCCGGUGCCUGGACCCUCAGUACCGCCGCGAGCUCGUGCGCGUGUACCUCACCAACGUGGAGGGCAUCUGCCGGCGGUUCUGCGACGACAAGAAGGCGCGGCUGAACUGGGUCCGGGAGGAGGAGGGCGCGUUCCGGCACUUCUGGGGCUCGCUCACGCCGGAGCAGCAGCGCAAGUACCUGACCGACAAGGGGGAGGUCAUCCUCAAGGCGGUGGUGAAGCAGUUCUUCAACGAGAAGGAGGUGACCUCCACGCUGGUCAUGGACGCGCUGUACAGCGGCUGCAAGCAAAUCGAGGAGCACAGCCGCAGCUGGCUGGAGGGCAAGUGCAGCGACAACAUGUCGCCGGUGGUGCUGAUCAAGGCGGAGCGCAACAGCUUCACGCUGUGCGGCGACCUGAUGGACACCGCGGCGCGCGUGCUGCAGGACUACAUCCCGGCGGCGAAGGACGACAACAAGGUGAUGCAGCCCAACGACGGGCUCACGCUCCGCAGUGGCCAGGACGGCGAUGACUACCGCCGCGACUCCAUUGAGCGCGACGAGAAGCGGCUGGCCGAGCUGGGCCGCAAGACCAUCGAGAUGUUCGUGAUCUCGCACCUGUUCUGUGAGAAGCUGGAGGUCGCGUACCGCGAGGCGGAGGCGCUGAAGCGCCAGGACCAGCUGAUUGCGGAGGAGUUUGAGAUGGCGCGGCUGGAGGAGAGCAAGGCGCAGGCCAAGGCCAUGGCGGACAAGGAGAAGAAGGCGAAAAAGAAGGAGAAGCUGAAGCAGAAGAAGGAGGCGGAAAAGCUGAAGCGGGAGGCCGAGGAGGCCGAGCGCAAGGCGCGCGAGGAGGAGUUCCGGCGGCAGGAGGCGGAGCGGAAAGCGAAGGAGGCGGAGAAGAAGCGGUUGGAAGACGCGCAGGCGCAACCGGUAGCGCAGCCGCAGCCGCCGCAGCAACAGGCGCACCAGCAGCAGGCCCGCAAAGCCGCCAAGGCUAAGGAGGACAAGAAGGCGCUCCAGCAGCAGCAACAGGCGCUGCAGCAGCAACAGCAGCAGCUGGCCAAGGCCAAGCAGGCGGCGCAACAACAGCAGCAACAGCAGCCGGCAACGAAUCGCUCGGCUGCGGCUGCCAGCGCAAGCGGGCCGCCGUCGCUGUCUUCGAUAGCGGCCGCUGCCGUGGUCGACUCCGCGGCAGCCUCGGCAUCAAGCCUGCCCGAGCGCCCGGGGACGCACGACGACCCCAGCAGCGACAGCGGCAGCGAGGAGGUCGGGACGGUGAACCAGGCCACCGGCGCGACGGACAGCAGCGGGGACGGGGAGGACGAGGUGGAGGUGCUGGCGAGUCGAGGGAUGGCAGCCACGGCGGCUUCGGACAGUGACGGCGACAGCGAGGGCCGCGCGGCGCUGGAGGAGGAGGUGACCAUCCUGCGCGCGCAGGUGUCGCAGCUGCAGCGGGUGCUGGUGGAGCGGGACUCGGAGGUCUACUCGCUGCGGGCGCAGCUGGCGGAGUCGCAUCUCGCGCAGGCGCACCUGGCGCAGCAGCUGGCGGCGGCGAGGGAGGUCCCGGUGGCGUCGAGCAACGCGCGGACCAGCGGCACCAACACUAGCAGCAGCGGCAGCGCCGCGGCAGACGGGUCCUCGGUGGCAGGGCGUGAGCAGGCGGGCUCGGACGGCAGCAGCUCGGUGGCUUCGGCGGCCGCUCGGCCAGACGCGGACCGCGGGCAGGGCAAGUCCGACGCAGCGGCGAACGGGCCAAAGGAGGGGCUUUCGACAUCCGCCAUCUCGUCUGCGGCGUCAGCAGCGGCAGGCGCGGCAGGGCGGCGCAUGCAGGGGAACCCUGCGGCAGCGCCCGCGGCUGCAACCCACGACGCAGCGCUGCACCACGGAGUCGCGUCGCGACCAGCGGCGCAAGGGGCAUCGGCGGCAACAGCCGGGCGGGGGUUACCUGCGGGGGCGUCCGGCAGCGCGGCGGCGGCGGGCGACCUCGGGUCUGCGGGCUCCAUGAUGCAGCGGUCUACUUCGGCGACAUUGCCAUCGGCUGCGCCUAGCACGGCCACGGGGGCGGCAUCAUAUGCACCCGCGCAGCUGGCUGCAGCGACAGCCAACGGCCGGGCACGGGAUGCGGCGGGGGCAAGCGGCUCGGCAACAAGUGCACCAGCGGCGACAGGGGCCGGGGCGAAGUCCUUUCUGCCUGCAGGUGCGUCGUCGUCGUCUACAGCGGCGUCGGGUGCGGCGAGCAGUGCGGCUACCUCCAACGGCAUCAGCGGCGUUCUUCACAGCGGCUCUGGAGGGGCGGCAGCGCCCGCACAGGACGGCCUGCCGUCGUAUCGCAAUGCUGCGGCUGGCGUGCUGGCGACAGGGCAGCCCAGCGGCUCCGCAGCAGCGCCCGCGAUGGUGUCCGUGUCGACCGCGCCCGUGAUUCCCGCGUCGGCGUCGGCGGCUGCGGCUGGAGUGCAGAGCAAGCGCGCUGACGAGGGCGCCAGCGCCACGGCGCCGGCGGCGCGCCUGGGCGUGUCCGCCCCCAGCACGGACGGCUUCAGCGCCACCAACGCGCGGAUCAUUAUGCAGCAGGCACAGCAGCAGCGCUCAUCCAACAUGGCGUUUAGCACGCCCACCCCCGUGCCGUCGUCAGCUGCCAAGCAGCGGAUGACGGCAUCUGCUCAGAUGGACAGCCCGGGCCUGGAGGACUUCGCACACAUCAACAUGAUCGACGACUUGCUGACGGAGUGAGCGGCUAGCACGCCGCCCCGAUACGUGGGCCCCGCUGCGGUGCCCGGCCGCCCCGCCGCUGCGCGAGCUGCGGCACAGUCGGCGGCGAGGUGCCGAAGCGCCCUGGUCAUCCGCGCCCGAGUGUAGCGGUACAGCGGCGGCACGCCUGGCCAGCUCUCUGCAGCAGCUGCGUUGAGCUUGUGACCAUUACUGUGUCUCUCAUAUGACACUUGAUGCCUUUGGACUGACACGCGCAUGGCCGCACGUCGCGUGAGACCGGAACACCGGGGAUAAGUCCAAUGGGCGGGAAACGGGGCCCACCCACCGCCAUGUGUAAGGGUUACAGCUU